GCGGCAGCAUGCGGAGCGGCGAGGAGCUGGACGGCUUCGAGGGCGAGGCCUCGAGCACCUCCAUGAUCUCGGGCGCCAGCAGCCCGUACCAGCCCACCACUGAGCCGGUGAGCCAGCGCCGCGGGCUGGCCGGCCUGCGCUGCGACCCCGACUACCUGCGCGGCGCUUUCGGCAGCCUCAAGGUCGCCCAAGUGAUUUUGGCUUUGAUUGCGUUCAUCUGCAUAGAGACCAUCAUGGAGUGCUCCCCGUGUGAAGGCCUCUACUUUUUUGAAUUUGUGAGCUGUAGUGCAUUUGUGGUGACUGGAGUCUUGCUGAUUCUGUUCAGUCUCAACCUUCACAUGAGGAUCCCCCAGAUCAACUGGAACCUGACAGAUUUGGUCAACACUGGACUCAGCACUUUCUUUUUCUUUAUUGCUUCGAUUGUACUGGCUGCUUUAAAUCACAAAACCGGAGCAGAAAUUGCUGCCGUGAUAUUUGGCUUCUUGGCAACUGCGGCCUAUGCGGUGAACACAUUCCUGGCAGUGCAGAAGUGGAGAGUCAGCAUCCACCAGCAGAGUGCCAACGACUACAUCCGAGCCCGCACGGAGUCCAGAGACGUGGACGGUCGCCCUGAGAUCCAGCGCCUGGACACCUGAGGACCCACCAGAGUCCUCCUCCCUUUCAUCCUCGUGUCCAUCCUUUCAAUCAAGUUUUCUUUCCCUUGUCACGUCAGAUUUUUAUGUGAUUAAGCUGAAUUUUGUCCUCUUUGGUAAAAGUUCAUUUUGGGAAAGGGUGUCCCCCGCCCCCCAAGUGGCCCUGUUAGCAGGUAUGUGAGGUGGAGAACCCAUGUACCCAGCUGUUCAGACAGAAGUGGGUGGGAGAGACCUACAGCUUCUCCAGUGUUUGGUGGCCAUGGGAACAGCUGGCCUGCCUGGCUGCCAUGUCCACUUCAGGUCCUCACUGUCCCCGAGCACAGGCUUCCCAUCUGACUCUGAGCCACCCUGUCAUAUGUAUUUGUGACAAGUCCACACGUUGGAUUAAAUGGGAGCUGCCAGGAGGGGCUGGAAAUCAAGGAAUGCAGGCAUAAGGCUGGAACGGUUUUGGCAGCGGUGAUUCCUGGGCAGCCCCGUAGCGAGCUCCGUCAGUGUUCCUCUCGCCGUCAGGGCCCCCGCCCUCUGCUCGUCUCCUGUGCCGGGGGCAUCGGGACAGCCAGCCCAGGCCUCGAAAGCCAUGUGUGUCAUUGAGGGUCAUGGUGAUGGGCGUGCUGGGGGAGCUCUUGGCUGGGCCUGUACUUCGUGGGGAUGAGCAAAGCUGCUGUCCCUUUAGAACGGCUCCACAGGACUGCUGACGGUCGGGAGGGUCCCCUGUCAUUUCCCACCCGACUGAGAAAUCGAUUCUUCCUCAAAUGAAUAACCUCCCCGAAUCCCAGAUUCUCCUCCAGGAAUAUGGGGACCAUGUUGUUUUUCACUCUCUUGCCUACCCUGGUCUUAAUACUUCGAGGUUGAAUUGAAGAUUUUCUGUAAUUUUACCUUUUCAGGUAAAAGCCAGGAAAGAAAUUCGAUCCAUUCCACCAGCCAGAACACUUGCCCGUUUGGACCACAGGUGGGGACACACCUCUGUUUUAGAGAUGUGUACAAAUUUCCAAAUACCUGAGAAGAGUUCUAAAGUGAUUCUGAGUAGGCUUGCCUAGGAUUUGAAAAUACUUGAAUUUGCACCAUGUAUUCUUUCACUGAUAUUUCAGAAGGCACGGAUUGUAGCUUUUUGUGCCUCGGGUCAUAACUAUGAACAUCCAUCUUAGAAGUUGUUGGGAAGAAUUCUAGGUAUGUUAGGUUCUGAAUUGAUUCCUGAUAGAGUGAAGAUUAUUGUGGGGAAGGAGUUAAAGGAGCCCCUAUGAUGCUGUAAUGUUUUUUUUCCUUUUGGAGACUAAUUGUAUCUUUUAUGGAAAAAUUGUUUUAACUUGUCAGGUUUUCACUCUGAACUGUUUUUAAUGUUUACAAACCUCACUCUAGCUCUAAUAUUUUGUGAUUGGCCCUCACCAAGGAAAAAACUUUUACUGCUGGUGGGAAAGUGGGACGAUUUUGCAGUAACCUGGAGAAUCCCCAGAG